UAUAUAUAUAACCCCAACCUAUACUUGCCACAUCACUACCAUCUUAGUCUACUCCCCAAAUUCUCCACUUACCACCCAUCAUCAUUCAUUCACUCACAUACCAUUCUCUUCAAACUCUCUCAAUCCACACCAAAAACAAUGGCUAUGGCAUUCAAAAUGGCGACGACAGGGAUGCAAAUAACAGAGGAGUGCAAGAAUUCCUUCAUGGAGAUGAAAUGGAAGAAAGUUCAUCGAUACAUCGUGUUUAAGAUCGAUGAAAAGUCGGGCGGAUUCACGGUGGAUAAAGUGGGUGCCGCCGGUGAAAGUUACGAUGAUCUAGCUGCUUCUCUUCCUGAUGAUGAUUGUCGUUAUGCUGUCUUUGAUUUUGAUUUUGUUACUGUUGAUAAUUGUCGUAAGAGCAAGAUCUUCUUCAUUGCUUGGGCACCAUCAGCAUCAAGGAUUAGAGCAAAAAUGUUGUAUGCAACAUCAAAGGAUGGAAUAAGAAGGGCAUUAGAUGGUAUUCAUUAUGAAGUGCAAGCAACUGAACCUAGUGAAAUGGGAUUUGAUAUCAUCCAAGACCGUGCAAAAUGAUUGUGUUUGAAUCUUAAAAAUCAGUUAUAAUCUUAAUUUAAUGCUAAUUUAACAUCCCCUCAAAUAAAUUCUCAAAAUUAUCUAAUUUACAUGUUUAGAUUUCGAGUGAAGGUAGUAUAUGAUUGGAGGAGCUCUAAUCGUGUGUUUGUUUACGUUGCUCCCCUUUUAUAAUCGGUAAAUCUUUGUCAAGUUCAAGUUUUAAUGUGCUAUUGAAUUACGCAUUAACAAUGUCUUGUCGAUUUUGCUCGAUCUUUUUUAUUUGUAUUUUUUAUGUUUUUCUUGUGGCAUUUUAUACUGCUAAUUAAUCAAUGUAAUAAAAUAGUACUACUUAUGCAUUAAUUAACUUUUUUUAGUGUUCUUCACCAUAAA